GCUCCUUCGUUCCAGUACUGGCGGCUCCGGCGAGCCGGUGCUCCAGGGUGCUUCCACCAUCGUGGCUUUGUGCUACGUGCGCGAUGCGCGUCGCACACCGUCUCUCUCCCAUCUAUUGAGCAUCAGCGGGAAUAAGAGCUAAGGGAAAUAGCAACAUCCUUUUUCCUUCCUCCAUCGUCAUAGGUGCAGUCUGUAGUAGUUGAGGUGGCCCAUAACAGCUGCUGUCCCGCGGACAGCAGCAUUCUGUGUGGCGAUGCUGCGCAGCCACUCGAGAUUAUGUCGCCCGCAGGCAACGGUUCUGUUAACAGCAUUGGUUUCGUUGCGGGAGGCGCCAACAGCGCCGUUCCGUCAAUUGGUAUGGCGGCGAUGUUCUGCGGUCGAUCAGUUCAUUUUGGUUAGUCAUCCUGAGAAUGGCCCGAUCGGUUCAGACAGCUCGGAGCGAGUUCUGAUUAGACACAACGGCAGCCACAACAGUUUGAGUGUCGAUGACAACACUGUUGAUAAAUAGAACGAUUUUAUAAUGAUAACAAGCGGUGGCAGCCUAAACGGGGUGGAUACUUGCGACCAAUGAAGAAAACAUCGCUGUUCAACUCAAAAGAGCAACGAUAACGACAAUAGCAUAGUCCAGUGUGUUGUGUUAAUCAGCUGACUUUGGAACUAGCCAGUGCAUGCGUGCGUGCGUGCGUGCGUGCGUGCGUGCAGUUUUCAGAUAUCAAAUCUUUCAGACAUUUCAGAUAAUGCCGGCUUCGUGCAUCAGGCAUAGCCCGCAUUUACUCGAUGAAUUAGCAGUUUCAAUUAAUUUAAAAGCGUUGACAACAUCAGCAACUGCUAAAACAACUUUUACAUCAAACGCUAUGUUAUUUAAUGUGCGUUCCGCUUAAAUUCGUCUAUCGAAUUAUCGUAGUGAAAAGCAACACCGUUCUCCAGUUGAAUCUUCAUGAUUUCAUAUACCUGCCUGCUUGUUUAACUCUUGUAUAGCAUCGUAUCAGUUCGUGUAUAGAGAAUCUGCACUGGCCAAACUCAUUACUAGCGUCGAUCGCGGCUGUACCCACACCUGUGAUGCUCGGUGCAGAAAAGUCCCUCGGCCGGCGACGUGGUGCGUAUCAGUGAAAACGCUUUCAUAUAAUUUAGAUUCAGCAUUAGCAUUUGUUGCCACUCCGCUGUAAAUUGGUUUAUCAAGCAACCUCCGCAAGACAACAAGCGGAACCAGAUUAUCUGGUUUACGCAGAUUAUGUAUCGUCAGCGAAUCUAUCAUUACUAAUCUACAGAAAUGACAAGUUCAAAUACAACUAUUUCAGCUUAGUUUUAUCUGGACGCCAAUGUAAUCGACUUAUUUCAGCGUUAUACGGCUGUAGCAACCGAGCUGAGCAGAGGACAACGAUAACUACGAGUACGAAACAACAGGCCCAAUAACGCACGACAGAGAUCUUCUUUUUUGAUGCCCAGUACGAUAGAUAAUCACACGCCACCGCACAAUCCUCUCUUCACCUUCAUUAGAUAGUGACACGAAACGAAAACAUAACAGAGUCGUAUUCGAUCAGCCCGACGAUUUCAUAGUUAGCAGCAGCCGUUCGGGUAAAAAGGGUGACGAUGUGCGAACAACCGCCAAAAAUGAAACAUUUUGCCGCCAUUUUCGCCGCAUGAUCAUCAGCAAAGCCGCUAAUGCUACCGUAUUGCAACUACCCUGUAGCCAGUAACGUUGCAGCCAGCUGCGUAUGGACACGAUAGCGCUCAGCCAAAAAAUAAUCGCGAUAUUCUUAGCCACUGCGCUGAAGGUAGCUCAGUAGGAUCAUAGUAAGCCCACAUCUAAAAGGUGUGCCUUCCAUACAGCGAACCCAGCGCCCAGUGCUUCGCCAGUACGCUAGGCCAAUUUAAUACAACUAAGUUGAUAGUUAUAAGCAAGUAGGACUCGAGACGCUUGAAAAUGAAUUGGCGAGCCCGUUGACUGUGGAGUGUCUAAGCGUCUGUCAAGUGAUUUUUGUCGCCUGAAAGCUAUACGUCCAGUACCUGCACGAAAAGGGAUUGGCGCCGAUAGUCGAUAGUGGUCAAUAGCUCGUCAACGAAUAAUUUGUUCGUGGCUGUCGAUCACAGGGUAAACAAAACGCUGGCCUAUACCGGACGUUGCAGCAGUUAUGUCGCAUUUCGUUGCCUUCACCUAUAUUCGACUAUUUACAUAACACUAAGACGUCACAUUAGGUCCAAGUAUUUUGUACCCUUUGGCGAACCCAUUGCAGACGCGCGCGCGCGCGCGCGAUACAAACGAGCUUUGCUACCCACCACAUCAAGCGGUACCCACGGGGUAAACUGACAACGAAAUAUAAAAACGUUUCUUUUGAAUUACCUUCUUCGCAUCGAUGGCAGGCGUUAUUUUACUAUCGUUGCCAGAAAUUAGUGCUGGCUAGAAGAAGGACAAAAACAACAAACAAGGUCUGCGGCAAAGUCCGCUACAGUAACUUAAGACGAACUUAAUUAGUUCAAUGCUAAUAGCAUUGAACUAAUUAAGAAAGACAAGCUACUAACCAUGUAACGAACCAAACGAACAUUCGAAGUGGGCUUGUUGUUUAAGCGAAGCCAUCUCAGUACGAGCCACUCGGACUCUGAGCCAUACGCAGCGCUGCAUCGCACCAAUGGGUAAAUCACAGCUCCGUAGGAUACAUUCCCUUCAUUCAGCUGUUUGAUAUCAGUCAAAAUCGAUCCUUACAUCAGGAACAACCUCUACUAUAAAACCAUACGCUUUGUCAAAUAUAACACUGUAGGUGUACGUUGUUUGUUUCAUCUUUUCGAGUCUUCUUUCUGCACGAACAAAGUUCUCACAGCAGCGAUAUCGUCAUUGAACAGAACGAUCUAAUCAGAUUUCGGGCUCCGUUUCACUGAGGAGGACACUUGUGUUAGCGUCGAGCAACAAUAACGGCAGGAACCAUAGUAACACAAAAAAACAACAUCAGCAACGAUCAACAGUACACCGACAAGUCAACAAAAGAGUAGGACCAAGGCUUGAUCGAUUGACCAAGUUCAGAACGAACAAAAAAUAAAGCUUCAGAUGCUCUAGAGGAAGAAGGUAGGUGGAUACGACAGAAGAAUUCAAACGGCUCUGCCCGUCUCGUCUCGUCAAAAUCGUGGUUUUUCGCGAAGCUUGCGCCAUUCGCUACCUCAAUCUCUCUCUCUCUUUGUCUCUCGGCUACCUAACCUAACACCUAAGGCAUCAUUCAAGUAUCAAUAUGAGAGCAAUUGAUUAGCACCCGGAUCUCUAUUCAGGACCUGACGCAAGACGUGCCUCAGCCAGAGCAGGUGGCGUCUUGGUGGUAAACGAGACAAACGAAAUUGUAUAAACGUUGCACGGGACCACAACGAACACCACGAUAUCAGUAGUGCACGUCGCAUCGAGCCCAAUAAACAAAAGCUACAUACGGCAAAUAGCAGCGAUGGAUGUGGGCGGUGGUGGAGGUAAGGGCGCGGACUUCCCAUGGGAACCUUCGAAACGCAACUGCUCAAAUGACGCCGUUGACAAAAUGAGCGAACGCUGCCUAUGGUCAGCCUGCAAAGCGAUUAGUGUCGGAUUAUUGUUGAUGGCUUGUGGGGCUGCAAUGGCCACAUUGGGUUUCUAUUCGGAUCACCUAUCCACCGUAGAAGAACGUCGUGGCAACAGUACGGUGUUGAUCAAAAACGAGAACCGCGACUGGCAGCUUGAUUCGCUCACGUACCUUGGCCCGAUGGUGAUGGGCCUCGGUGGAUUCAUCAUCGUUGCCACCUGCGUGAUGACAUUCGAGGCCCGCGAGAGUCGGGUAAGCAAGCUCAGCUGGUUCAAGAGGACCAGAGCAGCUUACGUAGCUCCUGAUCCCAACGAUCAGACGGCGGUCGAAUCGAAUCUCGUCUCGUCGCCCGGCGUUCAGCCCGAUCCGCCCAGUGACAUUUCAUGGGACCGGCGCAGCUUCUUUCUAACAGCCGGAGGCCGAGGAAGCCCCUCGAUCACCACCGAGCAGUCGAACGCGUCCACCAACCGUCGACGCCGCAGCAGUUUUGGGGAUAUCGCCCCGCUACACAAGUACCCUUCCGAGCCGAGUCUUGCGCACCAGGUAGUCACGCAUCUACAGCUCAGUUCAUUAUCACCGGGCACCCAAAUGGGCCAGGCGUGUCGGAAACUAUUCGUAGGUCCCGGCGCCAUUGUUGGCGUCUCCGGGGCGUCGGCCGUGUCGCCUAGUCCUGGCCUUGAGGCAUCACUAACUGGCCCAUUACUGCCACCCGGGAGCAUCGUUUCCCAGCUACAGCCACAACAGUUACAGGAGACUUCCACGACGCUCAAGGGGUUGCAGUCCCCAGAUCUGCUGAAACCUCCCAGGCAAACCCGCGCUCCGCGGUGUUCAGCCGAUCUUCGACAAGUGCUUUCGUUUGACUGUGCUCCCCCGAAUAGGCUGGGCAAUGCUCCGGUCGCGGCCCAAGUUCCGCAGUACCUGUCGUUGGCCAACAGCCCCUUCGGACCGGAGAGUCGACCACUAUUCGCUCACAAAAACGCGACGACGUCACAGAAUUCUAUGGCAGCUGAAGUCUACUUAGCAGAGGGUGGAGGGGUGACUAGGUUCAAGAUCACUGAUCGCUCCCGGACAGUAUCAGGAGAAGGGGUGUCAGUCGGGACACCUCGCGACCCUCUUCCGGGGACAACGCUCGAUGGAAGUCAUAAUUCAGACCGAGAUGUCACCGAACAAAGGCGACUCUCAAGUGCCGGAAAGAGUGAUUCGACGGAAAGCCGAUCAUUAAAAACGCCCAGUCCCGCACAUCGGCACCAUCACAGACAUCACCACCACCAUCAUCAUCGACACGGCUUAGGUCCCGAACGUCGCCGUCUAUCGUCUGCUAACCAAGGGAUUCUUGCUGGUUCGGGAGCUGCCCAUCGGUCAGAACUCCAGCGUUUAAUGACGAUUGCCGUUGAUUCGGGCCUUAUUUCGCCACCGGACAGUUCGCCGCUUAUGUCGCCAGCUAAUGAGAGUCCCAGCUCGCCAACGUUACCAUCACAGCCAUCCAUUACUAUGAAGCGGUUUCCGUUUGUGAGGCAAAAAGCCACCGCAGAGGAAAGUGGUAAUAUGGCUACGUCUUCAUUAUCGCACUCGUCGACAGCGCCCGCGGCCUCGAUAGCUAAGGCGACCCCAAUGGGAGCAGAAGUAGCAGACAAUAGAAAUGAGGUUGGCUCGUCAAAUAUUGGUAGCACCGCGAGUACAGGAAGCCACGAUACUCCAAUCGUUUGAAAUAACGAUAACAGUAGCGAUCCAGAAGGCUCCGGACAAUUGUCCAAAUAAUACGUAAUCAUAUCAUGCAUCGUGUCGCAUUCGUUUCCUUACAACGUCGAGCUGUCCAAUCAAUUAGCACUAUAGCUGCAAGUAUACUUAGUAAUUAUUAAGUCUCGAUGACUUGGAGUUCGCCUCGGCAAGGAGAUUUAGGGAAAAAAAAAAUUAAAAAAAAAGAUAAAAAAAUUUCGCGCGAACUCUUUUCAACGAGCACUAAUAUUAACGCUAUACUACGAGCUGCCAAAGCAGACGUACAGCGCGAGAUGGAAACGGAGAUCCAUCGGUGUACACUUAAACGAAAUAGAACCUUGUUGGCCUGUGAGUUGUUCAAUGUAGAAUCUGCAUGAAAUGAAAAAGCUCGCAAAAGGUACACCGUAGUUUCUCAUGAGGUAUUAAUAAUAGUUAUUAAUUUAUUGUGAUAAUAUCAGAGAAAAAUGAACCUUUCAUACGAUAUGACGAAACAACAAAAACCGUGUAGAUUUCAAAAAAUCUAACCGAAACGUUCAGGCAGAAAAAGGUGAAAGCACACCCAACUAUUACGUCAUUAUCAUUGCACACAGUGCCAGAAUGUCCAUUCAAUGAACGCCAAGUGGGUAUACAUAUACUUCGCGAGGUCGAUGCGUGUUGCACUAUCCAGCAACUGUGGUGGCAUCGUUCCUCGGUCUUCUAUUUGUCAUCGCGGUGCUCCGUAUCUGCGAUACUGUUCAAUUUUGAAGCGUAAAAUAAACAUAAAUCACACAUUUCUGUUAUAUAAUGAGCCAUAUAUUAAACACAGGGCUUGAUACCUGACGAGUUGACCCAAUGAGAAGGAUUGAUUGUAUCAGUUUAACUAAACUGAUAAUACGUGCAAUACGUCCUACCAGAUUUUUGCCUCUUUGUUAGUGUUUUAUCAUAUGAUUUUUUGAGGAAUCGCAUUAGAUACACCUUUAAUUUUGCGCCUUUCAACGCCUAUCGUUCGGAACGGGUACACUAUAGAUUGUAAAAAAAAAAAAAAAAUAGAGGAAAAACCCUGUGGUUGCGGCCUGACAUUAUCAAAGUGUGAAUUACAGCAUUGUCCCUCAACAACCGCGUGUUUGUUAGUGAAAUGACCAUCAUCAUUAUAUGGAUACAUAUAUGUCUUAGUUAAAAUAGAAAACAACACUUCUACUAUUAGAAUGAUUAUGAUCGCUAUGUACUAUUGGUUAUUAAUUAUGACGAAUGAUCAGUACAAGAGCUGAUAUACGGUGAGUACGCAACACCUGCCGACACUCCCUAUGUAAACUUGAACUUCACAAUUAUGUCAAUAUUAUGCGUACGUAUAUGUAUGAACGUGAUAGGUCUCUCUGACCACGAGAAUGACGUGCCAAAAAAACUACUUGCUUUUUUCAUUUCAGCCAAAGAUAGUGGAAUACCGUUCCUUCGGCUGAAAACCUGGCUAAAACUGGGCUCGUUUCCGCAGAAAAAAAGUUGGGCAUCCCAGAUUCAUUCAGUUCUGUAACUCACUCAGAUACGUCAUGAUAAAGUCAGAAUCAGCCAUGUGGAUAGACCUCAGUCCGCUAUCGAAAUCUGCCAUAUACAUGUUUCCGUCCGUCCGAUACGCCGAACGAAGAGAUUCAUAUACCCUGCAUUAGCCAUUAAUUUCCUAUGCAAUACGAAAAAAAAAACUCGCAUAAAAACUCUAUAAACAACGUGUUGUUCUAAGCUGACUCACACAAAAAAAACAUUUAACGGCAGCACAAUUUCAGAUACAGUGACAUGGUACCAACAAUACUCUUCUUGAUUUAGACAAGUUUUGUGAGUGUCCGUGUACAUAUGAUACAGACCUUUAUAGUGUUUAACACCUUCAAAUUAUAGGGAGAGCAUCUUAAAACUAAUCCACCAAUUUCAAGGUGCUCAACACGAAAACGACGAUGCUUUAUCUGACUGACUCUAUUAGACAGCGAAAUGAACUGCGAGAUGGGCAAGCCGUGACUCAUUUGGAUAAUCAAGAUACGUGGUACAAAUAUGCGCGAAUCUCUUCGUUCGCGGUGGGAUCACUAGCCAAGUCUAUAUCGUCCUUUUUCCACGACCCAAAAAAAGCAUCAUAUAUUUUACCUAUUUUCCAUUCCUUCCGCUUCACCUGCUCAAGCCAUUGUCACAUGUCGCUUGAUAGUAGUGGAUGGGACCAAAAAAUAGUCAUAUGGUAAAUCGUGUCCAUUUGGGCACAGCUAAGACUUGAAACAUUUGCGUCUACGAAUGAUCUGGAAAGAAUUUCUAGAAUUACGAAAACUUUCAUCUAGGCUCGUGCCUGUCACAUAUCCUCCGUCAUUGGCUGGCCACUUCCAACAUUCAUACAUCUGUAUAAAUCACACAACAGACAGCGCACUAAUCAAACCAAGACCCCGACCUUCCUGGAAAAACGAGGUCUCAUUAGAAUACCGUCGACAGUUCAACAUUACCAGCCAUGUUACACUAUAUCAUACAACCAAUGUAUAAGGUCAGUGUACAUAGGGACUGAAUACAGCGCAGGUUUCGAGAAAAUAUGCGAGCCGUUAUUGGUAAUGAUGAUGAUGAUGAUGAUAGAUAGAUAGAUAGAUAGGAACAAAGAUCAUGAGCUAAUAGCCCUUAACUAUUCAGCUGCCCAAAUACAGCAUGAACAACUUUGCCCACCUUCCCAGAAGCCGUUUUUCUAUGGACCGACCAACAGAUAUGAUCCUAUACGAUAAUGGUAACCCAGUGCAAUGUCCUAUGUCGACAGAUGAUCUGGAUACAUGGAUUUUUUUUACCCCACCUUUGUGUACCUACUGACUUAACCAAUAGUAUUAAAGACCAAUGAAUAAGCGGGAUCUCAACACUAAGUCAGGACAUUUCGAGUUGUUCAAAUUUUGAUUAGCGACGAUACGUUUAUGCGAUACGUUCUGCGUUCGAUUAUUUUUAUAGCGCGAUGCUUCAGAGCGAACCUUAGACCGCGAUGAGCUUACACAUUUCCGAAUGAGAAAAUGAAACUAUAAGCUUGUAGGUUUCUAAUGUUUUCUUGUACACGAGGCCAGUUCUAGCAGAGAGAAAACGGGCGAUAGGACCUAACCUGGAUAUUGAUACUAUUUGUUCCGUUACAGCUCAAGUUUACUGAGGGGGCUCGUCAGUUUGCCAGAUAAUUUUACAAAUACGCAGUACGUUUGCCAAAGCAGGGUCCCAUUUAUUUAGCCCCGUAGCAUAGCUAACGUGAGGAGCUACCCGAUACAAGUAUUUGAGUCCCUUCUUGAAUAAGACAAACACCCAUGUUUCCUGGCCCCAGCACCGGUUAUCUGGAUGCCCUUAAUUUAACAACGUACAACGAGCAUUGAGUUCGUGGCGAACAGAUAAUAAAAGAUAGAAUUUUUAUAGCCGGAUCUUUGAAGUCUCGUAGUGUGCACUAGUGUAAAUUUCAUCUGUGUCUAACAAAAUUCAAGCCUACAACGGCACAUGCGCUUUUUAUAAGCUUCAUUAUAAGUUUUUAUAAGCUUGCAUUUGUCGUUAUACUUACAAGGUAUCGACAACUCAAAUGAGCAUCGUUCUAUCAAUUCGGAAGGGAGCGCUUACGGCUUAUUUUAAAACUAGCCUAAAAACUCGCUCGUCCACGUAGAAUCUAUAUAAAGUAUAUCCAGUUAGCAAAAACGCCACUCGUUGUACGUAAGUUUGUCUGGAUAGAAGACAUUCGGGUAACUGUCUGCGUACUAAUGUUACAUUUGUAGAAACAAAGAAAGACAAACAGUUCAAGCACAAAUUUGAGUAAGCUUUGAAGUAUGAAUAAUAUGCAUAGAUGUAUAAAUCGACUUGAUGACGAUUCUGGCGUGAAAGAAGUGAUGUAUUAAUGACGGAUAUAUAGACGCAGAACCACAGCGUACUUUUUUGCCUGCGUACACAUAAAUCAGUAAACAAUA